AUGUGCUCAGCAGGCGGUAUCAGAAGACCCAUUCAGAUCGAAGAAUUCAAGACGGCGAUAAGCGGCAUGUCCGAUAUGGAAUUAGCACAGAUUAAAACGGAAAUUGAGAACAGUAUCAACCAUUUGCAGAGGUCUAACACCCGCUUGAGUAAAUAUAUUUCCAAGUUAGAGGGUGAUGAGGACCGUCUUGAAGGUGACGACAGUGACGACUUGGAGAACAUUGAUUCGGGAGAUCUGGCGCUCUACAAGGACUCUGUCAGGGAGAACGAAAUUGUGUUAAACAAUUAUAAUGAGAGAGUAGAUGCAUUGGAGCAAGAAACAGUGUACAGAAAAACAGGAAAUACCAAGAGCAAUCGCGAGACAGUAGCAAAAGACAAUACUAAGAAGGGCCCUGAUGUCGAUAUGGACAAUACCAACGUGGACGUCGUGACCCCAAACAGCAUAUUCAUCUGA